GUGGACGCCGAUUUUUUGGUGUGACUGUUUCUCGUUGUGAAUGUCACAACUUUUCCCCAAUUUUUAGGAAUUUCCUUUAAAAUUAAAGGCUUGCUCCGUCUAAUGUUUUCCAGCCAUCAGAGUUUAAGGCGGAGGACACCUGCGCAGGGAAUAGAGAGACCGGAGUACAUUGCUCACUUAGUGGAUGAGUACUACACGACCACCAACGUUGAGGCCCAGGAACAGGCGGAAGCCCUCGAUGUGUUCACGGCAUCUCUAGAAUCAGCAAAUCCCCAUCUGAAACUGCAUGGAAUCGCAGCCUUGUGUAAUAUUUGUUUGGAGAAAUCAGCGGUUAAGUUCAUCAGGGAACAUCUCAAGCUCAUUACCGACUUGUUUGUGCGCACGGACCACCCGGAAAUUGUGCUCCACAGCCUUACGCUCUUUUAUCAGCUGCUGGAGUCCGAAGAUUUGGACCGUGAAUUGCUUCUCGUUCCGGCUGUGCUCAAAACUGUCCAAGAGUGGCGGCAAAAAUCUGACGAUCUUCGCAUUGUUCAGCUCUGUCAAUUGUUGCUGGUUGAUUUCGCUAGUCGAUCUGAGAUUAUAGAGCUGCAGAAUGCUCCGACAGCUCUGCCGGCGCUGGAGCAGCCAAGCACCAGCCGGGCUGCAGCAGGUACAACUGACUAAGAGAUUUACGCAACAAGACCUAGAACAAUUCGCCCGGUUCACGGGAGACUACAACCAUAUACACAGCCAAGACACUCCAGUGGAGGAGAGGCGAGUACACGGUGCCCUUCUAAACGCUGUAGUGGCCGGUAUAAUUGGAACAAAGUUACCGGGACCAGGAACCGUGGUGUUAGAACAGAACUUUCGGUUCCUUAAACCUUGCCGCAUCGAGACGGACACCGUGGUGACGGUCCGACUAAUGAAAUCGCGGAAGAUAUCCACAGUGGAAUAUGACUGCCGGCAGAACGAAGAGGUUGUUUUUGCCGGAAACGCCAAGCUACUGACUCGCCACCAAAAAACAGAUUUCACAGAAUAAAAUAUUUACAUAGUA